CGGAGCCGCGCUCGCCGCACUCGGGCAGCGGCUGCGGAGGCGAUGAGAGGCCGGCGGGGCUGAGCCGAGCCGAGCCGCGCCGGGCGAGGCCGAGGGGCUGCGGGCAGCGGCGGCGCCCGGCCCCGGAUUGAUUUCCGCGGUGCCGGGGGCCGCCGGCAUCCCCCGCCCUGAGCCGGGAGCAGCGCAGCGCCCAGGGCCGAACCAUGUGAGGGACGUUGCCGGGGCUCAGGACACGCGCGGGGGACACGGAGCUCUCCUUUCCCAGGAUGGAUCAGAGGAGGACCUGGCCUCGCCUACGGGACUCUGAUGGCUGCCCAGUGGCUCUGCUCUGCCUCCUCCUGGCAUCGCUGUCCCGGGACGUGUCCAGCAAUGCCUCCUUCAACACUUUCCACUCGGAGAACCGCGACUGGACGUUCAACCACCUGACGGUGCACCGGGGCACCGGCGCCGUCUACGUGGGGGCCAUCAACAGGGUCUACAAGCUCUCGGGGAACCUGACCAUCCUGGUGGCUCACAAAACCGGCCCCGAGGAGGACAACAAGUCCUGCUACCCUCCCCUCAUCGUGCAGCCCUGCAGCGAGGUCCUGACGCUCACCAACAACGUCAACAAGCUGCUCAUCAUCGACUACUCCGAGAACCGGCUGCUGGCCUGCGGCAGCCUCUACCAGGGCGUCUGCAAGCUGCUGCGCCUCGACGACCUCUUCAUCCUGGUGGAGCCCUCGCACAAGAAGGAGCACUACCUGUCCAGCGUCAACAAGACGGGCACCAUGUACGGGGUGAUCGUGCGCUCCGAGGGCGAGGACGGGAAGCUCUUCAUCGGCACGGCCGUGGAUGGCAAGCAGGAUUAUUUCCCCACCCUGUCCAGCCGCAAGCUGCCCCGGGACCCGGAGUCCUCGGCGAUGUUGGAUUACGAGCUCCACAGCGACUUUGUCUCGUCCCUCAUCAAAAUCCCCUCGGACACACUGGCCCUGGUUUCUCACUUUGACAUCUUUUACAUCUACGGCUUCGCCAGCGGGAACUUUGUGUAUUUCCUGACGGUGCAGCCGGAGACCCCCGAGGGCGUCUCCAUCAACUCCGCCAGCGACCUCUUCUACACCUCGCGCAUCGUCCGCCUGUGCAAGGACGACCCCAAGUUCCACUCGUACGUGUCGCUGCCCUUUGGCUGCGUCAGGGGUGACACCGAGUACCGCCUGCUGCAGGCCGCCUACCUGGCCAAGCCCGGGGAGGUGCUGGCCAGGGCCCUCAACAUCACGGCGCAGGAGGACGUGCUCUUUGCCAUCUUCUCCAAGGGGCAGAAGCAGUACCACCACCCGCCCGACGACUCGGCGCUCUGCGCCUUCCCCAUCCGCACCGUCAACGCCCACAUCAAGGAGCGCCUGCAGUCCUGCUACCAGGGCGAGGGCAACCUGGAGCUCAACUGGCUGCUGGGCAAGGAUGUGCAGUGCACCAAAGCGCCAGUCCCCAUCGAUGACAACUUCUGUGGGCUGGACAUCAACCAGCCCCUGGGGGGCUCGGUGCCCGUGGACGGGGUGACGCUCUUCACCUCCAGCCGCGACCGCAUGACCUCCGUGGCUUCCUACGUCUACAACGGCUACAGCGUGGUCUUCGUGGGCACCAAGACGGGCAGGCUGAAGAAGAUCCGGGCGGACGGGCCGCCCCAGGGCGGGAUCCAGUACGAGGUGGUGCCGGUGUUCAAGGACGGCAGCCCGGUGCUGCGGGACAUGGCCUUCUCCGUGGACCACAAGUACCUGUACGUCAUGUCAGAGCGCCAGGUGUCCAGGGUGCCCGUGGAGUCCUGUGAGCAGUACACGACCUGCCAGGAGUGCCUGAGCUCGGGGGACCCGCACUGCGGCUGGUGCUCCCUGCACCACAUGUGCUCCCCGCGGGAUCGCUGUGAGCGGGCACAGGAGCCGUUCCGCUUCGCCGCGAGCAUCGGGCAGUGCCUGAGCGUGGCCGUGCAGCCCAGCAGCAUCUCGGUGUCAGAGCACAGCCUCCCGCUCAGGCUGCGGGUGAGCGACGCCCCAGACCUCAGUGCCGGGGUGAGCUGCCUCUUCGGGAACCUCAGCGAGGUGGAGGGGCAGGUGUCGGGCAGCCAGGUGCUCUGCGUGUCACCAGCAGCCAGAGACGUCCCUGCCAUCCCCGUGGAUCAGGACUGGUUCGGGGUCGUGCUCCAGCUGAAGUCCCGGGAGACCGGCAGGACCUUCGUCAGCACCGAGUUCAAGUUCUACAACUGCAGCGCCCACCAGCUGUGCCUGUCCUGUGUGAACAGUGCCUUCCGCUGCCACUGGUGCAAGUACAGGAACCUGUGCACCCACGACCCCACCACCUGCUCCUUCCAGGAGGGCAGGAUCAACGUCUCUGAGGACUGCCCGCAGCUGUUCCCCACGGAGGAGAUCCUGAUCCCGGUGGGAGAGGUGAAGCCCAUCACGCUGAGGGCCCGGAACCUGCCGCAGCCCCAGUCGGGCCAGAGGGGCUACGAGUGCGUGCUCAGCAUCCAGGGCAUCGUGCACAGGGUGCCCGCCCUGCGCUUCAACAGCUCCAGCGUGCAGUGCCAGAACAGCUCGUACCUCUAUGAUGGGAUGGACAUCAGCAACCUGGCAGUGGACUUUGCCGUGGUUUGGAAUGGGAACUUCGUCAUUGACAACCCCGAGAACGUGAAAGUGCACCUGUACAAGUGCGCGGCGCAGCGCGAGAGCUGCGGGCUGUGCCUCAAGGCCGAGCCGCGCUUCGCGUGCGGCUGGUGCAGCGGCGAGGGGCGCUGCACCCUGCGGCCCCACUGCAGCUCCCCGGGCGCGCUGCCCUGGCUCCACUGGGCCGGACACAACGUCAAGUGCUCCAACCCGCGCAUCACCGAGAUCCUGACGGUGUCGGGGCCCCCGGAAGGAGGGACCAGGGUGACCAUCCGUGGGGUGAACCUGGGCCUGGACUUCUCGGAGAUCGCGCAGGGCGUGCAGGUGGCCGGGGUGCAGUGCACGCCCCUGCCCGAGCACUACGUGGUGGCCGAGCAGAUCGUCUGUGAAAUGGGGCAGGCGCUUCCAGGGAUCAGCUCCGGCCCAGUGCUCCUGUGCAUCGGAGAGUGCAAGCCCGAGUUCACGGCCAAGUCAGCGCAGCAGUACGUGUUUGUGACCCCAGCUGUGAGUUUCCUGAGCCCCGGCCGCGGCCCGGAGUCGGGAGGGACCAUGGUGACCAUCUCUGGCCAGCACCUGGGCGCUGGCAGCCGCGUCUCCGUGCUCCUGGGGAACCAGACCUGCGAGUUCCUGCAGAGAUCCAUGAAUGAGAUUGUUUGUGUGUCAGCACCCUCAGCCCACGGCCUGGGGGCUGUUCAGGUCUCUGUCAGCGUGGACAGGGCUCAGCUGGAGAGGACUUUGCUGUUUGAGUACAUCGACGACCCCAAGGUGCAGCACAUCGAGCCCGAGUGGAGCAUCGCCAGCGGCCACACGCCCCUGACUGUCACCGGCUCCAACCUGGACGUGAUCCAGGAGCCGCGGAUCCGCGCCAAGCACAACGGCAAGGAGUUCAUCAACGUGUGCAAGGUGCUGAACUCCACGGCCCUGGCCUGCCUGGCUCCCCCAUUGACAGCCGAGUACCGCCCGGGGCUGGACGCCGUGGAGCGCCCGGACGAGUUCGGCUUCAUCUUCAACAACGUCCAGUCCCUGCUGCUCUACAACGACACCAAGUUCAUCUACUACCCCGACCCCACCUUCGAAAUGCUGAGCUCCACCGGGGUGCUGGAGCAGAAGCCGGGCUCUCCCAUCAUCCUGAAGGGCAGGAACCUGUGCCCACCCGCCCCGGGAGGAGCCAAGCUCAACUACACGGUGCUGAUCGGGGAGACGCCCUGCGCCGUCACCGUGUCCGAGACGCAGCUGCUGUGCGAGCCCCCCACCCUCAGCGGGCAGCACAGAGUGAUGGUGCGUGUUGGCGGCGUCACCUUCUCCCCUGGCUCGGUGAGCAUCGUGUCGGACAGCCUGCUGACCCUGCCCGCCAUCGUCAGCAUCGCGGCCGGCGGCUCCCUGCUCCUCAUCAUCGUCAUCAUCGUCCUCAUCGCCUACAAGCGCAAGUCCCGCGAGAACGACCUCACCCUCAAGAGGCUGCAGAUGCAGAUGGACAACCUGGAGUCCCGGGUGGCCCUGGAGUGCAAGGAGGCCUUUGCAGAGCUGCAGACGGACAUCAACGAGCUGACCAGCGACCUGGACCGCUCGGGCAUCCCCUACCUGGACUACCGCACCUACGCCAUGCGCGUGCUGUUCCCGGGCAUCGAGGACCACCCGGUGCUGAGGGAGCUGGAGGUGCAGGGGAACGGGCAGCAGAGCGUGGAGAAGGCCCUGAAGCUCUUUGCCCAGCUGAUCAACAACAAGGUGUUCCUGCUGACCUUCAUCCGCACGCUGGAGCUGCAGCGCAGCUUCUCCAUGCGCGACCGCGGCAACGUGGCCUCGCUCAUCAUGACGGGGCUGCAGGGCAAGCUGGAGUACGCCACCGACGUGCUCAAGCAGCUGCUCUCCGACCUCAUCGAGAAGAACCUGGAGAACAAGAACCACCCCAAGCUGCUCCUGCGCAGGACCGAGUCGGUGGCCGAGAAGAUGCUGACCAACUGGUUUGCAUUCCUGCUGCACAGGUUCCUCAAGGAAUGUGCUGGGGAGCCCCUGUUCAUGCUCUACUGUGCCAUCAAGCAGCAGAUGGAGAAGGGCCCCAUCGAUGCCAUCACGGGGGAGGCGCGCUACUCCCUGAGCGAGGACAAGCUCAUCCGGCAGCAGAUCGAGUACAAGACCCUGAUCCUGAACUGUGUGAACCCAGACAACGAGAACAGCCCAGAGAUCCCUGUCAAGGUGCUGAACUGCGACACCAUCACGCAGGUCAAGGAGAAGAUCCUGGAUGCUGUGUACAAAAACGUGCCCUACUCCCAGAGACCCAGAGCUGUGGACAUGGACUUGGAGUGGCGGCAGGGCCGCAUUGCCCGCGUGGUGCUGCAGGAUGAGGACAUCACCACCAAGAUCGAGGGCGACUGGAAGCGCCUGAACACCCUGGUGCACUACCAGGUGUCAGACCGCUCCGUGGUGGCUCUGGUGCCCAAGCAAACCUCGUCCUACAACAUCCCUGCCUCUGCCAGCAUCUCCCGCACCUCCAUCAGCAGAUACGACUCCACGUUCCGCUACACGGGCAGCCCCGACAGCCUCCGCUCGCGCGCGCCCAUGAUCACACCCGACCUGGAGAGCGGCGUCAAGGUCUGGCACCUGGUCAAGAACCACGACCACGGCGACCAGAAGGAGGGGGACAGGGGCAGCAAGAUGGUGUCUGAGAUCUACCUGACCAGGCUGCUGGCCACAAAGGGCACGCUGCAGAAGUUCGUGGAUGACCUGUUUGAGACGCUGUUCAGCACGGUGCACCGCGGCAGUGCCCUGCCCCUGGCCAUCAAGUACAUGUUUGACUUCCUGGACGAGCAGGCGGACAAGCACGGCAUCCACGACACCGACGUCCGGCACACCUGGAAGAGCAACUGCCUUCCCCUGCGCUUCUGGGUGAACGUGAUCAAAAACCCUCAGUUCGUGUUCGACAUCCACAAGGGCAGCAUCACGGACGCCUGCCUGUCCGUGGUGGCUCAGACCUUCAUGGAUUCCUGCUCCACCUCCGAGCACCGCCUGGGCAAGGACUCCCCCUCCAACAAGCUGCUGUACGCCAAGGACAUCCCCAGCUACAAGAGCUGGGUGGAGAGGUAUUACGCCGACAUUGCCAAGCUCCCGGCCAUCAGUGACCAGGACAUGAACGCCUACCUCGCCGAGCAGUCGCGCCUGCACGCCGUGGAGUUCAACAUGCUGAGCGCCCUCAACGAGAUCUACUCCUAUGUCAGCAAGUACAGCGAGGAGCUCAUCGGAGCUCUGGAGCAGGACGAGCAGGCUCGGAGGCAGCGCUUGGCUUACAAAGUAGAGCAACUCAUUGGGGCCAUGUCCUUCGAGAGCUGAGGAAAGGUCACGGGCAGCAAAGGGCAGAGCAUCGCUCGGGAAUUCGGAGGGAGAACAAGCAAGGAAGGCACUGGACACACCCGCCAAGGCUCUUCUGGAGAGAGCAGGGCCUGGCUCAAGGACUGACUGUGUUCAAAAACCAUACAGGAUCCGGUUUGGAAGGGCAGGAAGGGAAGAUGAAGCAUCUCCAUCACAGUCCAAGCAAGGUGGAUCAUUUUUUCGAGUGUACGCGCAAAGAAGGAACCUGGAAAGUCUGGAUGUCUCCACGACUGCUGCUUUGCAUGAAAAUUGUUUAAUGUAUAUUGGAAAAUAAAACUUUAUUUAAAGGGUUUUUUUUUUAAAAAAAAAAAAAAAAAACAAAGGAAGAAAAAGAAAAAAAAUAGAGCAAAAACCACAGAGGCCAUAGAGAUAAUCCUGGCAAGGAGGAUCAGCUCUGAAUCCUGUCCCUGAGAGCCUUCCAAGGACACGGCUCAGGCAUUCUGCAAACGGACUGUCACACAAUUGGAACGUCUGGAAAACCAAAAUGUCUUCGCUUGGGAUUCUUACAACACGUAGGAGCACAAGUUUGCACCACACCUUUUUACACAAGCGAAAUAGCAGUUUUGCCCGAAAAUAGUCCAGUGGCUGAGUAACUUAGAGGCACUAGAAGGAACUUUACCUGAAUUGCAAAACCACCAGAUCAUCCGACCUGUCUUGAAAUCCAGCUUUAUCCAUGUAUUUAUAUCAUGUCAAUGCAUCUAUUUUUUUUUAAAUCCCAUUUACUGUUGAAUGAGGGAAGAUCUGAGUUUCAUUGCUUUUCCCUUUUCCACCUGCAUCCCACCUCACUGGCUGAUCAGCAGUGUCCAGCUUGGCCAUGGUGAUCCAGCAGUGUCCAGCAGUGUCCAGCAAGGCCAUGGUGAUCCAGCAGUGUCCAGCAGUGUCCAGCAAGGCCAUGGUGAUCCAGCAGUGUCCAGCAGUGUCCAGCAUGACCAUGGUGAUCCAGCAGUGUCCAGCAUGGCCACGGUGAUCCAACAGUGACCAACACUGAUCCGUUCAGUGUCCACUGCUGGUUCCUGCAGGUGCCACGUGAGCCAAGGCAGAGCUGGGCUGACACCUCCAGGGUCAGUUUGGGGGUCUCCAGCAGCCAGCUCUGAUUUCUCACAGCAACACCCCCCAAACCCUGAUGUUUACGGUGACAAUACUUGAAGAGCCUGGAUGCUGGGAGAGCAGAUUUUGUUGAUUUUCUGCGGGACGUGCAGUCCUUGGGCACAGGCUCCCUUUGGGUGUCUCCUCCAGCGUUUGCCGCCUCACCCAGGGCCAGGACUUGCAUUUCCACUGGAAAAGGGAGAGAAAUCUCUGCUCCAGGCAAGAGCAAACCUUAACCAGCACCCCCGGGCCAGCCAGCUCUGCUGUCGUGUCUCUGUGUCGGCGUCUCGUUGUUCUCCUCAGUUCCUUGCUGGCCCCCACGGCACACGCUCCUGUGGCCAGGGACAGGCAAAUGUUUGUGAGUGUUAUUUCUUUCAAAGACACCAAAGCUUAUGUGUGUCCCUUUGUGGAGUGCCAGGAGGGGAAGGAGUGCUGUAAAUAUUUCUCUCUGUAGUAAAUAUUGAUACGUGUGCAGGCUGCAGUGGGGAGGGCAGGGAGAGGACGCCUGAUGGAAAUACAAGAGUUGGCUGCAGGAGCUUGGCAAUGGCAGCAAAAUAAUCCCUGGUGUCUGCCCAGGCAGUCCCACACCAGACUGGGACCUUUGUUUGCAGCCAGUGUGUGUUGAAGGAAAAUCCAUUUCCAUCUCCAUCCCCCUCCUGCAGCAUUCCUGCCUGGAGGAGCCCAGCUGGCCCUCUGCGUCCUGCAGUCCAGCACCAGGGGAGGGGAGAAGCGCGUAGAGAAAUACUCAGGAAACUUGGUUUAAUUACCAUUCAGUAAAAGCCAUGCCAAGUCCACUUUCUUUUGGUAAUCCACUUCUGUGAGUCUCUCUGAAAAGCAGAAAAUACCGAUGAUAAUAAUCAACCUUGUGCAAUAAGUUCUUGACAUUUACAGCAGCCUGAGUGCUGGAUUUACUGAGACAGGGGGAGAGUGGCAGAAACAGAGACUGUGGGCAGAGCAGUGUUUGUGCUGCCUGUUAUCUGAGUUUCCUUCCCAGGGAUCCCGCUCCAUGGUGAAUCUCAUUUCUGAGGCAAAAAUGUGCAAAAGUCCUACUAAAAGUCAGGCACUGCAGAGCCCAGGAAUGUCCCUGGAGCAAUCCCCAGCCUGGCCUGCUCUUGGCUGCAGGUACCCAGGGCAUGGCACAGGGUCAGGCUUUGAAAUCCUGCAGGUUUUUUGCUGGUUCUGUUCCUGCUGUUGCCAGUGAUCCAUCACACAGCUUAGCUGAGGGAUUGCCAGCUCUGUCCUAGCUGUGGUUGUUGGUUUGGGUUCUCCAAGUUCUCACGGUACUCUGAAACCCAAAGAGAGCACUCCAAAAAGCUCCUGAAGGACUUCCAAAUGCUUCCAAAUAUCAGUCUGGGGAGUUACCUCUGCAGGACUCCCAAAAUACAAGUACAGUCCAAAGCAAAGGCCUGGCUGUGCAUCACCGGGCCUGCUGACAGUGUCCCUGCCCCACAGCCCUCAUGGUGCUCCUCUCUGCAUCUCUUUGAGAGGUUUUUGUGCAGCUUUUCAUCCUCCUGCUUUCCUCCUCCUGCUCCCUCCCCUCUGGCCAGGAGCAGCCCCCAAGCCAAGGCUUUGUCAUUCCCCCUCCCCUGUAUUUUCUCAGCAGAAAUGGAGGUCCCCACACACCCCCUGGAUUCUCUGGGAGGACAUUAAGGUGACAAGGGACAACUGAGUUCAUCUUCUGUGCUAUGGGACGAUUUGAGCAGAGAGAAGAAAGAAGGGGAAGCAGCAGGAGCACUUUGCAAACCAGUAAGCUCUUACACUUCCGACUGAAUCCCAAAGGAAACAGCAAAAAUUCCUCUUCCAUCACCUGGAAAAGCUUUGGGAGCAUGGCAGAGGGAACAGCUCAGUCCUGGCUGGAGGGGUGGCCUACAAAUACAUUGCCAAGCAUCUUCUCAUGGUGGUUGACAUUAAUUAUGGAUCUUUACAGGCAAUUAUAUGGAUUGAAGCAACAUAUCCCCCUGGGGCAGAGCGCUGGGAAUCUCUUGCCCUGUUUGCAUCCAACAUUUCCAUUCCUCCUUCGGGAGGAGGAAGCUUCAGAUCUCAGAAAUGGCAUUUUCUUUGCACUGGCAGCAAACUGGACUCGAGGGUUGGUCAGGAGGGGGCACUUGCCUUAGAUGAAACGAUUUCACGUCCCUCUCAUUGCCCCCCUCCUCCUGCAAGGCUGCCUGGAGUUUGGAGUCUCCAGCUCGCUGCGUUUCAGGUAUUCCAACAUCAAAGUGGGAGACGUCACUUGCCGGGAUCUCUCUGCCUGGUGUCACCGCUUGAAUAAUUCCCUUUCAUCUUCUGCUCACGAGCUAUCAAAGCACCCACUCCGAGGGGGAGCGAGGUGCUAAUCAAACGCUUCUCCACCUUGAAAGCCUUUAUCAAACCCCACACAGGAGAGGGGAGCUCGCAGGCACGGCUGGCCCUGCCUGAGCCCCGCCAGGAGCCACAGAGGGUGUGGGCAGCGAGGGGUCCACGCUUUGCCAUAAAGGAGGGGUUUGAAGGGAGGCAGGAGGGAUCAGCAUGGCUGGAAACCCUGGGAAAUCCAGCAUGGAUAUCCCUGGAAACCCUGUGUGCAGCAGUGAGCACCCACCAUGUGAAAUCCAGCAUGGAUAUCCCUGGAAACUCUGGAUACCCUGUGUGCAGCAGUGGGGACCCACCAUGUGAAAUCCAGCAUGGAUAUCCCUGGAUACCCUGUGUGCAGCAGUGAGGACCCAGCACUGAGGAACAAAACUGCUGCCAUAGCCUGGCUGCAUCCAGCAGCAUCCCAGGUGUGGAAUUUCAGGUUUUUCCCUGAAAAAUGGACGUGGGGACAGCGGUGCCUCCCCAGGGCUGGGGCUGUGACACGCUGGGGACAAUGAGUGCAGUGCCAACCUUCAUCACAGCAGUGCCUUCCACACUCUGUCUUAAAAUCCUGGUGGCCCAUCCCCACGUCAGUGUUCCCUCCCACCUUCCACUGGACUCCACAAAAAAUGUCCCAACGUAGGAAACAGUUUGGGUGGGCACGUGGAGGGCAAAGGCCAGAGGGUUUGGGGCUCUGGGGUUGCAUUCUGCUCGCUGCUGGCUCUGAGCUCCUUGUGGGGAUCUUGGUGUUUAAAUCUGUGUGAGAAAAGGGUCAGAGCAUCCCCUCCUGCAGUGGGCACAGCCUCCAAACAAGGUCUCAUUCCCAGAGGUCCCCAGGAGCCAGCAGGGGUGGGGAAGGCCAGGCUGGCACAGGGCAGAGCAGCUCCCAGCACGGCCCCUGUGCUGCUCCAGAGCCUCCAGCCCCUUCCCUGGCAGCAGCCCAGCCACGUUCUCCUGUCGCUGGCUGCUCUCCAUCCAGCUUCCUGUGCUGUCAGAGCUCACCUGUCACAGGGACUCAGCUCCCCAAACUAAAUGAAACUAAAAGAGACUGACUUGAAUAAGCUGGGCCAUCAGGGAGAGCUCACGAGUGACUGAGCCCUGGAGAGAAGAGAAAAUGUUCUGAGGAGGGGAAAUAACUGACAUCAAAGAUGCAUUAAAAUGCCACAGAGCUUCAGCCAUCCUAUUCCAGAUCCACAUUUGCACCAGGAAUUGCAAGGCAAUAGUGCAGGAGCUGUGACAUUGUACGGAGUUGUGUGUGAGGAGGAGCUCAGAGCACAGCCCUGUCCUUGGUGCAAACACCCAGCCUGGACCCAAAACCAGAGGGCAGCGGGUCAGAGGCUGAGGACAAAGCUCUGGGGCCAGCUCUGAGGCCACCUGCAUGGGCAGGAUGGUUUGGUUUUACUGAUGAGACAUUCAGUGGGGAAACAAUCAGAGUCAGAGGUGUGUGCACUGCAAAGGGGCUGGUGGGGAUCUGCUGAGCUGAGCAACCCCAAAUGUGCAGUUUCAGUGCACUGUGGUCAGGUUAGUUUGGCAGGGGAAGAGGAUGGGAGGUUUUGGCUGUCUGGAAGGUUUUGUUAAAGCCCCUUCACCUGAAAAGCCCCAGAUGUGGGUGCUGGUCCUGUUCUGGGCAGGCAAUGGAACAGCAGCCAGAGCCCCAGCUGUGGGUGUGCCCGGUGCCUUCCUGGCUCCUGGAAGAAAACUGGGGCUCUGUGGUGUGUGCCCUGCACCCCAGGGUGCUCUUUGGGGUGCUGGGGUCAGAGAAGGGGGCGUGGAAGGGUGGGAUGGCAGAGCCCCCCUGCUCCAUGCUGGAAACGCCCCUCUGUCCCUGCAGGGUGUCUGAGGUGGCACCAGCGGUGUUGUGGCCGUGCUGUGAGCAUGGCAGUGUCUCUGUGCUUGUUCUUUCAGAUCCCCCUUUGUCCCUGUGUUUCCCACCCCUCUCCUUCCUUUGUAACCGUGGAAUAAAAUCCUGAAGAAAUUCCCUUUCUGCAGCGUGGAGGAACGCGCCCCAAGGGCCCGCAGGGUCCAUCCACUUGCACGGACAAUAUCCCAAAUGUCCCAAACCCCCUGGGCCUCCCAGGGCUGCCAAAUCAAACACCAGAUCUCCUGGAUGGCCUUUCCUUUGGGAUUUUUAAUACCUCUCUUUCGAAUAAGCUUGGAAGUUUAUGCAACAGCUUCUCCUCCCGAGGACUGGGCACACAAAGGGGCACGAGGAGCCCUGGGGAGGGAAAAAAGCUGAUUUGGCCACGAUUUUCAUGGCUUCAGAAGAUGCAGCAGAAAUGUCCUUCUCUUGCUGCUGAGUUCUGGUGUUGAGGCACCUUGGAGAAGCAGCAAGGGCAAGGGAAUGUACAGGUACUAAAAACUUCUGGAGUGCCCCCAAAAACGUCACAGAAUGUAGAGGUAUAUCAGCCAUGGAACAGAUUCUGAUAUUUCUUCUUCCCCUUCUCCUUACAGAGCAGCCCCCAGCAGUUUUAGGGGAUUUGUGUGUUGGCAGGAACAAGGAAUUGAAUUUGUAUCUGUGCCCAUUCCACCGUGUCCUUCUCUGGCUCCUCCCCUCCCCGUUAUACUUGACACACUGGAGUUCUGUAUUAUAUUUUUUUUUAAGAUGAUUGUCUGUUUUUUGUUGUUUUUACAAGUGUUGUGGAAAAAAAAAUGUAAGAAAGUUUAAGUAUUUAAAAAUGUUCCAAGGAAAUAAAAGGGGGUUUUGUUAUUAUUCUAAUAUAUUAUUGUGUACCUAUUGUAAAUAUGAAACACUCCUAUUUUGCAAGCCAAGGACUCACUUUGUACUGUUGUUAUAUAUAAAUAAAGUUUACU